AAGCGCUGCGCUGCAUUGCGGAACUUUAACGGCGCUGUGUUCGGAAAAGGCGUAAACAUCCCGCAAACAUUAGCGCCUGAAAACAGCGACUCAUUGCGCCUCUCUGCGGUUCAUGUAAAGCCUGUCGGUGCCGUCGCCAGUCCCGGUACCGUCCGCAGUGGUCGCAGUGAGCGUCGGCAGAGCAGCAGCAGCAGCGUCGGGGCGUUAGCCAGCCAGCUAGUUAGCAUUAGCCUUAGCUUUAGCACCAGCUACGGACCGGAACCAUGAUAGCGCUCAUCAACAAGCUGCUGGACUGGUUCAAGGCGCUGUUCUGGAAGGAGGAGAUGGAGCUCACCCUGGUGGGGCUCCAGUACUCCGGGAAGACCACCUUCGUCAACGUGAUAGCGUCUGGACAGUUCAGUGAAGACAUGAUUCCUACAGUCGGGUUCAACAUGAGGAAGAUCACCAAAGGAAACGUCACCAUCAAGCUCUGGGACAUCGGCGGUCAGCCUCGGUUCAGGAGUAUGUGGGAACGUUACUGUCGAGGAGUCAGCGCCAUCGUGUACAUGGUGGAUGCAGCAGAUCCGGAGAAGAUCGAAGCCUCUAAGAAUGAACUCCACAACCUGCUGGACAAGCCUCAGCUGCAGGGAAUCCCUGUUCUGGUUCUGGGGAACAAGAGGGACCUGUCAGGAGCUCUGGAUGAGAAGGAGCUCAUAGAGAGGAUGAACCUGUCGGCCAUCCAGGACAGAGAGAUCUGCUGCUACUCCAUCUCCUGCAAGGAGAAAGACAACAUCGACAUCACCCUCCAGUGGUUGAUCCAACACUCCCGGACUAAGAGGAGUUCCUGAGAAAUGACGUCAGAACAGGCCACGCCCACUGUCCCCCUAAUGCCCCCCCCACCCCCACCCCCCCACAGAUGCACUGAUACUAAAUCAGUUUGAUCAGAAACCAAAGACUUGCAGACCUCACAGCAGAUUUUAAAUACAGAACACACAGAACUGAAGAUAAUUUAUCAAUAAUUUAUUGUCAUCAUUAAACAACAGUUUCUCUUCUAUGAACUUUCUUGAAGCAGAAAUCAGGUUUUUGAACUCAGACCAGCCUCCAACAUGCAGGGUUUUAUGAAAGUAGUCUCAAUAUUUCCACCUUAAUGUGAUCAGAAAGGAUCAGCUGCUGUAUCUAUGGAGGUUCCAGCAGAGUUAAAGCAGAAAGAAUGUUUGUCCAACCUGAAAAAUGUGACUGAAAGUAGUUGGACAUCUUGUUCCAGGGUCCUUGACUUACAUGGGAAUUCUGUUCCUACGGUGCAACGUAACGUGACGUAAGUCGGAACUCAUUUAAGUACCUCUGUCGUCACCGAAAAUCAUGAUCUAGGACGCGACGACGUAUUCAUCCGCUCCGCUCGCCAAAUAGUUCCCGCACGAAAUUAGUUUUAACGUCACAAACGCCGUAUGUCAGAAUGAUGGAGCAAGACUUUCUUAAUAAAUUUAUGUCAGAUGGUGACGUAACCAAGAAACACCAUAAGUCGAGGACGUCGUAAACCGAGGACCUGCUGUAAUUUAGAUCUUUGACGUAUUCGGACAAACUGAACCUUUUUCUAUCCGACUCUGUGGCUUAUUAUCAGUGUGUAGAGGUCGUUGAUUCAACCAGUUUCUGUCUGAUAGAUGGUGUCAUUCUAGAAACUUGUUUUAAAAAUAUAACACGCUUUUCAAACCUGCCAGCAGGGUUUGGGUUCAUAUAAUAACCUGAUUAUCUCCUGUUUCUGUUAUUUUACCUGCAUGGAGGAAGUUUAAUCCAAAGCAGUAAAAUGAUAGAAGAUUAAAAAUGAUUACAUUUAUUAACUUGGGUUUCAUUUAUCGAAGUAGAACAGACAUUUUUGUUCAUCAAAGGUUCAGGAAUUACAGGAAAAUAGAGAUUUCUGUCUGGUGUUGUGGAUAUUUUCCCUUAAAGAAGAACUGCUUGCUGUUCGUUCUUCUCUUUCCUGAAAUCUGCCCUUCCAUAGACGGAGUUCUAGCAGCUGGAUGUCGUCAUUCUUUCACUAAACCGGCUCUCAAACAUUAAAACAUCCUGCAGGUGUUUUUCCAGGAGCAGCUUUUAGCAGAAACUCUUAUUUCCUGAUAUUUUCAGUUCAUCACUGACUCUAAACCGACUCUAAACUGAAAACACUUAAGUAGAAAACACCUAAAAUCUCCUGAAACAUUCUUAGAAGAUUCCUAAAAUCUUCAGAAACAUCGUUAGAAGAUACCUAAAAUCUCCAGAAACAUAGUUAGAAGAUACCUAAAAUCUCCAGAAACAUAAACCAAGCUCCUGCUGAGUGUAACUGAAAUAAUAAACCGGACCGAUGAGUCCAGAAUCGUUGGUAUCGGUGCAUCUCCACGGAUCCACACAGCAGCUUCCAGGAGAAAUGAUCUUUAUCUGCUGUCCAGAACUUUUAUUCAUCCAGAAACCUGCGAGAAUCUUUUUCCUUUAACGGAGGUAAAAACCCACCGUUGGCAUCGUUAGCAUCGUUAGCUGCUGUGUGGUCCGUGCUGGUUUCCCAUGAUCCUCAUCUCUCCUCUCCCUCCAUCCAUAGUUUCACUUUCUCUACUCCUUCCUGUCUGUCGUAAACUGCUCGUCCUCCGACUGUUUCCUAUUUUCUUAAUUUUAAAUGUUCUCUCUCUUCCUGGUCGCCAAGCCCCGCCCCCUCGCCAUCUCUCUGUCUCUCUCCGGCCGAGCGAGGGAUUAAGAACCUUUUUAUUGCACUGUUUUGAUUUUUGUUUUUGUAAGAUAUUAAUAAUGAGAAUAAUGUUAAUAAUCUUCUUAUUGUGACAUAACCGGCCGUACAGGAAGUGGUACUUCACCUGCAGAAGGUUUCUGUUCAUAUCUCUGUAAUAAGAAGCUUUUAAUUUCUUUUAUAUUUUUAUUUUAUAUUGUUCUUCUGUUGACUUGGUAAGUCUAACCAGUGUUUCUGCUCUGUCGCUGCUGAUUGGACCGGAGGUGUCAUGUGACCUCAGUGACCUCAUCUGUUUCAGUUUUUUAAUUUAAAAUGUGUUGGUUUUAAAAGUUUUCAUGUUUUCUUCUUGACACGUUUCCAUGAUUUAUGACGACAUGAACGACGGCGUAUUUAUGAGAGAGAUAAAAGAAAUGAUAACAUAAAUUGAAGUUUUUUUAAACUAGUUUUAUUUAAGUUUCCUGUAAUUUAUCAGAUGGUCAGAAAUUAAAGGAAAAUUCAGCGAUUAACACAGAAAAAUGGCCUCAUAAAUAUCUGUGUCUGUGGUCGCCAGUAUUUAAAUUUUAGAUAAUAGAAAAUUUAUUUAAUAGUGUAAUGAAAUUAUCGUUUUGAUUUAAAAUAAAACUCCAUUUAGCGACAAACACUAAUAACCUGUAAACACCAAGAAUUGAGCUGAAAUCAGCAGAAAAAUAUGUGCAAAUAAACUUAACUUGCUGCUUUUUAAUUUAAUUACAUCCAGUUUGUUUUUCCAUUUCUGAAAGCAGGACUUGAAAGAAUCCUGCCAAUAAUUUUAAGUUUUAUUUUUAUUACAAAUGACCUAAAAUUGGGCCGAUUCUAAAAUUAAAUGCAAACAUUUGGAUUCUGAUUUUAAAAUUUACCUGUCAUAUGGCAUUAAUUUAAUUUUUGAAACAUAAUGAUUUUUUUUGUCCAUAUUAAUGUUGACGGCCAUAAACCCACCAAAUGUUCUGCUUUUGGCUGUAGGAGUGAACAUGAGAGUCUUCAUGCACUCACACUUGCCCAAAAUUACUUCAUAAUUGUCCAGAAGGACUCAAAACUAAUCCAAAAUUAAUUAAAAUGUGUUCAGAAUGACUUAAAUUUUGUCCACAAUGACUCAAAGAUGGUCCAAAAUAAUUGAUAUUUGUCCAUAAUGACUCAAAACCAGCUGCAAGAGUGAACAUGACUCCAAAAUGACCCACAGCUGCUCCGAAAUGAAUUAAAAACACGUUCGAAAUGACUCAAAAUUUGUCCCAAAUGACAAAAAAAUUGUCCGAAAUGAAAAUAUGUCCAAAAUAACUGGAAUUUGUCCGAAAUUACUCAAACGUACCUGCGAGACUGAAUACGACAGUCUUCUUAUGAACAUAUUUCUGUUAUUUAUUGGUGCUUCUUUGCUUUAUGCUAAUGAUGAAAGAGAAGGUUUGUGUUUUGUUUUUUUUUACUUAAACCUUCAGCAAAACCUUCAACAUAAAUAAUAAACUCAUAAAUAUUCUGGUCUCUUAAAAACCUCUCUCAGAAAUACUCGAGUCUCAAACCGUAGCACCGAAUCAUUGUUAGCAUUAAUGUGUUAGCAUUACCAUGUUAGCGUGCUAAUGUCCUGGUCAGAUCUGUGGACUCACAUCACAUCCUGGUCCCGACAGCAGCCAAUCAGAUGGCAGAACAAACAGGAAAUGAAGGAGCGUCACCUGUUUGUACGUUGUUCCGUACUGAGCUCGUUUAGGUUCUGAGUGGUCAAACCUUCAGCGGUGCAUCAUGGGAGAUUUAUUCUGCACAAAUUCUGCUUCACUGUCGGGACAAACAGAGCUAAAGAGGUUCGAGGCCUUCGUUAAACGCCCGAUCAAAAGGUUUAGCCAGGAGCGGUCUGAACUUCAGAAGAUGUUCCUCCUCAGCCAGCAUCAUCAUUUAGCCUGUUUAGAAUAUUUCCACAACCUUUAGGUUCCCAGAAACCAUGUUCAGAGGAACCACCAGUGAUGUACAGGUGUGUUAAAGUUUGAUCACCUGAGUUGGAGAAAGAUUGAGGUUCCAGAAAUAGAAGAUCACAGUCUCGAAAACACAAGUUCAACAUUCAAAUAAUCCUUCAGUCUAUAAGUAGAGUUCUUUAAAAUGCUUUUAUUGAUUCCCAGCUCCCAAAUACUCCGGUUCUAAUUCAACAAUGUGAAACUAUACCUACUAAGAACUUGGACUAAACCUGUUAGAUUGGACCAAUGAGACUGAAGAGUGAAAAAAUUGAACCCCGAACAACGCGAGAUCAAACUCAGAAGGAAGUGAGAUUAAACUCCUACAAACCAAACUGUUAAGAACACAAGAUUUAAACCCCAACAAGGGAGAACUAAACUAAAACAAGACGAGAUUAAACCUUUAGAACCAGAUCAGAGCUCCAACAAGGCAAAUUUAAUCUCCCAAGAGUGAGACUCUGAACCUUCAAAAACCUGAAAAAACAUGAGAUUGAACUUGUGAGAACACAAAGUUUAACCUCCAACAGAGUAAAAGUAAACUUGUAGGAACCAAGAUGAAAUCCCUAAAACGCAAGAUCAAACUGGUAGGAACCAAGACUGAAGCCCCAACGGAACCGGAUCAAAUGAGAGAUCAAACGCCCAACAAUGUGAGACUGAACUUGUGAGGACACAGACUUGAACCUCCAGCAGAUCAAAAACAAACUUGUAAGAUGCAAGAUGAACCUGAACAAGGCAAAGGAACUGAAACCCCCAAAAUAUGAGAUCAAACUUGUAGGAACCAAAAGGCUCCCUAAAAUGUGAGAUUAAGCUUUCAAAAAUGCAGGUUUUAACCGCUGAGGAUGUGAGAUGAAACCCUCCAGAAGAUGCUUGAAUCUUCUCUGGUUAGCGAAGGUUCCACACCAAACGCCUGUUCUCAGUGCCAAACUCUAAACAGAACCGUACGUGGUUCUAAGUCUGAAGCUCAGCUCUGUUGAUCCCGACAAUGAAAAUCUGCUUUUAUCUUCAUAAUCACUUUGAACCGUGAAUCUGAAGCAGCUGGUGAAGGCCUGAAGGUUCCUGAAGAUCCUGAAGGUUCCUGAUGAAACAACAACAAGCACAACCGACUAAAUGUCUGUAAACCAACAGCUCUGGAACGUUCAGACCUUCAGAGGAUCGGUUCUCCAGCUGCUUCGGCGUUCAGGUUCUGGUGUUUUCUGAACCAACGAGGAGUCGUUGUCCACUCGAGAUCUUCUGAUCAGCCAGAAAAGUGAUUAUUAGUUAUUGAUGACGUCAGACAGGAUGAAGUGCAGGGAGGACUUCAGGAACACAUUAUGUUGGAACCUGGUGUCCUGGAAAGACCUGAAGUCCUCCUGAAGGUCUGCUCUGGUUGGUUCUGGUCUCUUCUGUUGGCAUGCUGAGGGCAGGGAUUGUAUAUCUGUGGAACCUGAUGAAGUAAAUGGAAACUUUGGUGCAACUUUACCAAAAAAUGGCCUUAAUCCAGUGUGUCAACCUGAGUAUUAACCUGCGGAAAAGUACUGCAAGUACUUCAAACAAUGCAAUAAAGUAGUUCAAGUGUCGACAUUGUGCUCUAACAUGGUGUUCUAGAUGAGGUGGGAUCGCAUGGAGCUUACAGUACUUUUCUUACGGGUCGUACAUUGGAAUAUGGUCAUUGAGAUACGAAGCCUGACCUGUUACGUUUGAAGGUGGAUGAUGAAGACCUGAGGUCCUGCAGGUACAAACUGAAGCUGUGCAGGAUCCUUAACGGUCGUCCUGUGCAGUUAAAUUCUCAUCAGAAAGUCGUUAACUUGAGUUUCUGGCAGAAUUGGCAGCAAAAAAAAGGCAAAAUCCAGAUGGAACGAGCAGCAUCUGCAGCCUCUUAAAUGACCAAACAGUCGAAUCAACACUGAACCUUCAAACCUUCACUAAGGAGGGUUGGUGUUGAUUUCUAAUAACCAGACUGGAGGCUACUUCCUGUAGCACUUGAAAAAUAACUCUGGAAACAGACCAGCGUCAGUUUAAGGUUUCCAGAGCUUUUGACCACAUCGCCAGAGUAUCUGCAGCCUUUGAGGAGUCUUAGAAAGUCACAAAAGUCUUAAGAGGUCUUCAGUUCUGAGAUUUGAUACCAACAUGAUUUAAAGUUGCAGCGUUAAAUGUCAAAUCAGUUGGUUUUACGUCCUACAGAGUCUUAAUUUUUAGACAGAACCUCCUGGACCGUCACAACAGCGACUCUUCAACUCAUUUUCCAGUUUGUGAAAGAAGAUGUUGGAAAGUUUCCGCAUGUGGCCACGAAAUGUCCCCACAUGCGGCUCGUUUAUUAGGUUGUCCAAACAGAACUUCCUGUGUUGUGACACAUGAAGGUUGGAUCAUUUCAGGUCUGAAGACGAGUAACGUUUCUAAAGUUAUAAUGGCUAGUAGAUGGGUGAAAACGUGGCUGAAAGCUUCAUAGGUUCUGGUUCCGUCUGGGUUUUCCUGCUGCUGGUUCUGUCGGCGGCUGCAGGAUGAACUCGGUCAGACAGCGUCAGUCUGAACCUGUUUGUACAUUAUUGUUUGAUUCAGUUGAUAUAAUGUGUUUUAAUAGAAACAUGCUUGUGUAUGAUACUAAUUAAAUACUAUGGAGAAACGAA